CCUGGCUGUUUUUCUUUGUCCCGGCGCGUUUCCCGUUCCGGCAGCUGGAGGUUAGUAAACUAACAUGAUGGAGGGGAACGGAACGGCGGUGCCUGGUCCUCUUAAUGGCGCGUUUUCCUUCAGAACGAACCCGGACGGAACUGUAAACAAGAGCACCGUGCUGUGCGUGUUCUGCAACAAGGAGUUCUCCUUCCACAGGAGCACCUCCAGCCUGAAAUACCACCUCAACGCUAAGCACUUCAUUGUGAAGCAGGAGGUCCAGGAUUACACCGCGCAUUAUGCUACAGCUAACAGCCAGGCUCGCCUCGAGCUCAGUCAAAACACGCUGGACCAGACCUCCACGCGCAGGCGGAGCAGGUACACCAGCGACCAGCUGACAAACUGCAUCGCUAAAUGGAUAGCUAUGGACUGCAGGCCGGUGUCAGUGGUGGAGGACAGAGGGCUGGCCGAGGUUUUACAGGUCGCAUCGACUAAAGCAGAUUAUAGGCCUCCAUCAAGGAGCACAAUAGUGUCUAAAAUCCAGCAACUUUAUGACACAGAAAAGACCACACAGCUGGUGGUAGUGGCUGGUGCUGAGUACACUGCUCUGAUAGGGGAUCAGUGGACAUCAGCCAGCAAUCACACUCACCUCGGUGUGACUGCACACUUCAUUGACAGUGAAUGGAACCGUCAGGCUGUUGUAUUAACCGUGAGAGAAACCGUGGUGGAUGCGUGCACAGACGUGUUUUUGUCUGUGGCUGAGGAAUGGGGAGUGCAGCACAUCACCACGGUCUGCACAGACGGAUCCCUAAACAUGCACGACUCUAUGGAUGCUGCAUCAAAAAGACUCCCACGAUACGAGCAUCUACCCUGUACAGCUCACAUGCUGCACAGAAGCAUCACCGCCUGCCUGGCAGACAGUGGGUUUAGUGAUCCACUGCUGAAGUGCCGUAGAAUAGUGCACCACUUCAAACACAGCCCUGCAAACACAGAGGAGCUCCAACAGCACCAAGCACAGCUCUGGCAGCAGAAAGAGCAUCUAAUCCAGGAUGUUCCCACAAGGUGGAACUCCACACUUGCUAUGAUUUCCUGUCUGCUGAAAAAUCAGGACGCUAUCAUCGCUACCCUGAACCAGCAGAAGCACAAGCUGGACAUGCUGACUGCAUCUGACUGGGACAAACUCAAGAGGCUAGAGACCCUGCUAGAACCAUGCAGAUAUGUGACUGAGCUUCUGGGAGGUGAGACUUAUGUCUCCUGUUCGGUGGUGCUGCCUGCUCUCUGCCACCUGUACCGCACUAUGGAAGCCUCUCAGGAGGACCCAGCCUUUGUGGAGCGGUUUAAGACUGCAUUUAAGAAAGACCUUUCAGAACAACAAACGAACAUCAACAACAGAUGGCUCAGGAUAGCUUCAGCACUUGACCCACGAUUCAAGGACUUAAAGUUCCUGCCCAAAGGAGAAAGAGAAGAGGUGUGGACCAGACUUGAGGUGCUGCUGCAAGAAGAGUCCAGCAGAACUAACCUAAAGCAAGAAGAGCCAGCAAAGAAAAGGAGCCUCCUGCUCCUAGCCUCAGACUCCGAUUCAGAUGACGAUAUGAUGGGACUGAAUGGGCCUUUAAACCGCUACAAAGCAGAGCCUAACAUCUGCAUGGAAGCAUGCCCGUUGCAGUGGUGGUCAACUCAUGCCGGGGCCCAUCAAGAGCUGUCUGUCCUGGCCCGCAAAUAUCUGGCCUCCCCUGCCACCUCUGUUCCCUGUGAGAGACUUUUUUCAGUUAAAGGUAGCACAGUCCAGAAGAAGAGAGAGGCACUGGACUCUGAGAAUGUAGAUCAGAUUUACUGUCUCAGUAACUGGUUAAGAGAUGAGUAAGAAAUAAGAUAAUUAAGAAACUGUUGAUUAUUUAACAUUUUAUAAUCUUUUUUUAAUGGUUUAUGUUUAAUAGAAUUCAAAUGUUUAGUUGAAGGGAGUGUUAAAAUAUUGUUCCAUUGAGGUUAGAAUUGUGGUCUGAAAUAAAGAGAUGUGGAAUUUUAAUUCUAUGCCAGUUAUUUAUUUAUUGAUAUGCUCCUCUGCUAAAAUAAAUUAAAAUUUAAACAUUUAAUUAAUAUUUUAUUUAUUUAAUAUUUGUCUCACUGUUUGGAUACACAUUUGAAGGUUUAAGGUCAUCACAUAGAGAACAUCAUGUAGAGCUUUUGAAACAUGUCUGGUAUAAAGUAACUCCAACAAAUCCCUAAUUGUGGUUUUAGCCUAUUGUUUUUUUUUUCUU